AUAAAUAAAAAAUGCACGGGAGAGUGGCUACAUAGCGGAGCCGGCGAGCGCGGCGUCAGUGCAGACUCGAGCGGGCAGCGCGAUGGUCAACUACAGGCGAGUGCUGGAGGCGGCCGUGCUGGCGCUGCUGGCGGCGGCGGCGGCGGCGGCGCCCGCGGACUGCGACAAGGCGCACCACUACGACCAGCGGCAGAACGGCUCCGAGAACUACCGGCUGAACAUCGACGGCGUGGUGAUCGCCGUGGCGCCGGCCGACGCGCUGCUGUCCGCCGCCUCCGAGCUGGACUUCAGCGACCUGCUGGAGCUGCAGGACUACGACGCGCCGCUCAAGCCGCCCGGCGCCGAGAAGCCCAUCAUCUCCAAGCCGGGGGACCCCAAGCCCGACGACGCCAAGCCCGGUGAUGCCAAGCCGGAGGAGGCCAAGCCCGACGCGCCACUCAGCGACGUCAGCCUCAACAACGACGUCAAGGGACAGAAGAAAGAAGCCUUCGCCAGGAAGCAAGAGAAGGCGCAAAGACUGAAGAUGCGUCUGGCGAACAUGCUGAUCCCCCUGCUGAGGAAGACCCGGCACCACUGACCUGCCAGUCUACGUCCCACCAGCACCCUGGCCACGAUACUCAACAAUGUUUCAUAAACAAAAGUAUAUCUAUGUACUUAGGUUAUAGCCGCCAUUGCCCUAAAAGAGUGAUAGAUGAUGCAUUUAUUAAAUUAAUUAUAAGUAUUAUGUAAGUUUUAGCUGUUAAUUAAGAUAAGUGUUUCGUUGAAAAUAAAUGACAGAAUUUUUAUUGAAAAAGCCAUAA